GUGGAAUAGACCGGUCAAGGUGUAAUGCUGAAUAAGGGGAUGUGUUUGUUUUCUCUUGACAGGAAGCUUGAAAAGAAGAGGYUGUCAAGAUGCCUGAGACUGGCGGCGCAUCGGAUGGCGCCAGGAAGGUCCUGACGCUCGAUGACCUYAUCGCGGCUAUUGACCGGCAUGAAAGGAACCCGAGCAAUAUCCCUAAGGUCGAUACCUUCCACUUUUGUUGGGAGAGAGUCUYAGAAUGGCUGGARCGGGUGGAACAAGCUUUGGUCGSGCGGUCGRAUGUUGUAAAGUUGUMACGCAUUCUCCWGUAUGUCCUCCACAGYUACCACCAAGAAUUGAAGAAAGUUAUAGGUGCSGCCCAAGGUAGUUSGGAAAGGUUCAAGGAAGGAAUGCAGAGGAAGUACCGCCYSGGAGAUGGAYUGUUGACUACCAYGGACCUUGAGGCGAUGAACAAAGAGGACUUUACGACGAUAGGGGCCUUUSUUCAAGAAUUCAAGAAGAGGGCGCGGAAGGUCCAUGGGAUUUCGRAGGAGGCGCAGUGCACCAUCUUCCUGGGGCWACUUACGGCAUCGGAGGCURUCGAGCUGACAAAACAUGGAGGAGGCAGCACCAAGCUCACCUGGGCCACCAUUGACAAAGGGGUSGAAGUUGGAUGCUUGGACCAGGUGGAGCAACAUCAGGUACGCCUGCAAAGGCAGAAGAGAAAGGAAAAGAGAUGCGACCGCUUCUGGGACCCUGGGAGUAAAAAGGAUCGUUACGAACGUAGUGACGCAGCUGGGAUAUGGGACAGAGCCGGUGGUGCAGAGAAGGGUAGUGACGGCUGUCCAGGUGAAAGGAAAGGAGCCAGUGGUAGAAGAGGCCGUUCAGGAGGAGCUCUGGGAAGAGGAACAGUCGGUGUCGUAGCACCUGACGAAGGCCCAACGCAAAUUGCUCAAGCCAAGGCCAGUGCCAGCCAAGAACCUCUGAGGAGGGAGCCGGAACCAGGAAAAACGAAAGAGGCCGUGGAAGUGGAGGAUGACGAUGAUGAGGAGGAAGAAGACGAGAGGCUGCGCCGAGAAGAGGAUCAGCGAGCGGAGCAGCGGGCGAGGAGAAAGAGAAUAAGGGAGGAGGUCAAACCGGUCAUGCGUAACGAACCGCCCAAGAAGAAAAAGUAUGUGGUUCGGUUAGAARAGGGGUUUGACGUAGAGCGGGUGAUCGACAGGCUGUUAGAAGGGCAUAACGAUCUCAUGACCCUGAAGGAAAUCCUGGCGUCUGCCCCGCGGCUCCGCGAUGAAUUGAAGGGGAGGUUGUCGCGGCGUCUGGUGCCCAAUGUCCAUCUAGGUACGAUCCUGGCCAAAGAGGCCGAGUGGGCAGAAUCGGGCACGAAGAUGGACUGGAAGUGCGUGGCCUGCGGCACAGUGGACUUGGUGGUAAAGGGCUCCAAGUGUGCGGCAAUGGUGGACACGGGAGCUGAAAUGAACAUCAUCAGAGAGGCCGAUGCAAUCAAGUUUGGGCUGGAUAUAGACCGAUCUGAUUGCGGGAUUGUACAUGGGGCCAGCUGCAAGGCCGUGUUUUGUAGGACAGCCUCGAAUGUACUCAUCGAAGUUGGGAAGGUGAAGGCCCGRGCUUGUUUCUUCAUCAUGYCGGACGUGGAUCACGGAAUCCUCCUGGSGAGGUCGUUCCUGAGCAGGACGGAGACCGUGAUGUUCAAUAAGCAUGACGGGACGGGACAACUCAAGCAGGGUUCGCAAAGGCRGUACAAGACGGUAGAUAAGAAAUGCCGCCCGGUUCCCGUCCUCGUUACAAAAGACGAGGAAGCAUACUACGAGAGGGAAYGAGGGUUGAUACGGCGAAUGAGGGAGAGUGUUYUAGCAGGGUCAUGUCGUAUCAACAAAGGGAAUGAGGGGAAGUUGAUUAUAGGGGAACCCGACUUCCUGCUGCCUCAGGAGCGAACGUUGAUGGUGGAGUUGAUGAAGAGGAGGCAACGCGCCUAUGCGYUUAGUGACGAGGAGCGUGACAGGAUGGAUGUGGACAAGAUACYUAUGAUCCGCAUCCACACCGUGCYACACGAGCCUUGGAACAUGAGAGGGGCRCGAUAUCMUARUCCUGACGAGGAAAAGAAGGUGGUGGAUUACCUCGAYGACAAGAUACGUACGCACGUUGCCGACUAUUCGAGUGGACCGUAUGCGUCCCSGUGGUUCUGCUUUAUCAAGCCUAACGRGACGCUGCGGUGGGUGCAAGACUUGCARAKGCUAAAUGCGGUGRCCRUGCGGGAUGSUAGAGGACUGCUAAAUGYRGAYGCUCUGUCAGAAUUCUGUGUUGGAAGACCUWUAAUCUCACUUAUAGACCUUUACUCAGGAUAUGAUCARUUUMCGGUCUAUCCGCCGGAGAGGCCGGUGACGGCUAUGCACACRCCGCGAGGACUAAUCCACAUGAACGUGGCCCCGCAAGGGUGGACCAACGCGGUAGCAAUGGUCCAACGGGCCAUGAUUCGGGCUAUGCWGUCAGUCAACCCCCAUAUCACACAGCCAUACAUCGACGAUUUGGCGGUGAAGGGGCCGGCAGUGAAGGAGAGCGACAAAGUCUUGCCAGGGGUGAGGCGCUUUGUUUGGAAGCACAUCCAGGACCUCGAGAAAGUCCUGAGCCUGCUCGAGGAGCAUAACCUCACGGCAAGCGGGGCCAAAUCCAGACACUGCAUGAGGGAAGCGACUAUCGUGGGGUUCGUCUGCAGCGAGAAAGGCCGAAGAUCGGAUGUGAAAAAGACGGACAGGAUUACUGAGUGGCCAGUUCCGUUCCACUCAAUAACUGAUGUUAGAAGCUUCCUUGGUACGUGUGGAUUUUGGAGGGCCUUCGUCAAGAACUUUACCGCUAAGACUGAAAACCUGAGAAAGUUAGUUCGUCAAGGCCAGGAAUGGGUUUGGGAUGAAGAGCAAGAAGAGGUGGUGGCCAGAAUGAAGGAGGAAUUUCGAGAAGGAGGGUUGGUAUUGGGAGCGCCAGAUUAUGAUGUCACGGAGACGCGACCCUUCAUUGUCGAAACGGAUGCGGGGCCGACUGCCUUAGGGGGAGUUCUAAUUCAGACAGAUAUGGAAGGAAAGGAAAGACCCUUGAGAUUUGAGAGUCGGACUCUCUGUACGACCGAGRGGAACUACUCUCAGUUCAAGAGGGAGACCCUUGCCGUCCUCCACUACGGGUUGAAUCGGAUCAACUGGGAUAAACUGGAAGGGAAGGCGGUGGAGAAUACGCCCCCAGUUGAUAGAUUUCUGGAUCAGGAGGAAGAUGUUCACCUCCAUAUCAACAAGUGGUCGCCGCGAGUACCCAACUGUGUAGGCUAUCCUAUCUGGCAAACGCCGAAUGGGUAUGAACGGAGGGCCGAGCUAGUCCUCAAACCCUUUGAAGAAGAGGAUCCCUGGGGUGGUAAGGGUGUUCAGUGGAUGAUGGAAUUGGCGCUGGCUAGUUCGCAUAGUCUGGUGGAAGACAUGAGGACGAUCGAGGAAGGACCAGGCCAGGUAGAACGGCAUGAGGACCUGAUGGGAGGAAUGUAUCUCCUCGUCAAUACGUUGCUGCAGGAAAGCGUCGACCAAUCAGGCUUGUUGAACCCAACAGAGAAUGUGGACGAAGUGCCCGAGAGCCAGGACGACGAGUUCGAGGAGGGGGAAAUUAAGGAGGCCUUUCGUGCAGAGGAGUAUGACGGGAUCUACCUAGAGCUAGGACUCCUUCUAUCGUGCGAGAGGCGGCUAAGGGAUGCGAGGAAGAGGACGAAGGAARAAGGCCAUGGAGUACGCCUGGAGGCUAUGGAAGUGGAAAUMMAGGAACUCGGGGYAUUGGUGGCCAGUCAGRCAKCUAUCAUCGAGAGCCUGAGGCAGCAAUCUSAGGGAAGAGCGGACAAGCCGGAGAGCAGCYGGCAGGGARAGCAGAGGCAGCCAGGACAUGGUUUGCCAGRACAGCCAUCUGCAGCAGAGCCUCGCCAGGAGCCGCCUAUGGGGAGAGUUAUCCKGRGGCCAGAGGAGGCGAGAGCCCAGAGGGAGGCAGAGAGAGAGGCUUUCGAGUUCAGAGCCCCUACUGAGCUCGCGACGCUACCGAUAGCAGCGGCGGACCCAGUCAUACCUUUGGGAGUUGAGGAGGGGCUACCACCACCUAGCAGUGAGCCAGCUGAAGGCUCAGCAGAGGGAUCCAUGGACGUGCUACUUGAGGCAGUGCAUACUAUGCAGGACGAGGCCAGUUUAAUUUCGCCUGAGCAGAGGAUAGAGGAUCCUCUUGAGAGAGAGAUGGGGAUUGAGGCAGAGGGUGUCAUCAAGGGCGGGCCCCAGAGAUUGGGCACACCUGAGUAUGGGCCAGAGGGGAUUGAGGAUCGACCAGGGCCGAGCACCCAGGAGGCAGAGACAGGAGAGGAACCUUUGGGUAUGCCUCAGAGCCAUGAGCUGAGCAGGGAGGCCAGCGAAGCGCCAUCAUCGCCAGAAUUUCAAACAGAGAAGAAAAGAUCACGGAAAUGGUUUGAUAUGUCCUGCUUCUUCUGCACGAAGAAGGGUCAUCGAGCCUUGCAGUGUCCUAAAUUCUUGAAGGACAAGGCUGAAGAGAAGGUUACAGAGGACGGAGGCAGGAUGUAUGAUAGACAGGGUAGGGUAGUAGAGAGAUCUGCAGAUAGGGGUAAAGCUCAGCUGUAUGGGCAAAACCAGGAGGAGAUGA